AUGGUGGAAAUCGCCGAACUGGAAAAUCCAAUUAACCUACAACGAAACAAAAAAGUCCGACUGACUACCUUUACUUCAUCCGCAUCCCUUGUUCUUUCCUGGCCAUUUCCUUUAAUUAUUCUCUGUUUUCAAUCAAAUCAACGACUUAUUUUUGAUCCCCGAAUAUAUACUGCUCUUAUAAUGUCAUUUCUUUUUUCUGGCUCCGUAAAGCGCCUUCUUCUUCAACGGUUCAUCAAGCCAACUUUUUUAAACGCUGUUAUACCCACCGUUCUGACUCUUAUUGGGAAUGGUGUGUUUAUGACUGCUCUUUAUAAGGGCGACAAUUGGAAUUUUAUUUCUGUCUUCUUCAUGGUGGGAAGUCGUCUAUGCUUUGGCUGGUCAACUUAUACAGCUGAAGACUAUAACCGUCGUGCUAAGAAUGCUACAAAAUCUGACAGAGAAAAAUUGCGUCUCAAGCAGCGUGUCGAAGAUAUGGUACCAGACUUACAAGAUGCUGCUUUUCAUGCCGGUGUCAUUGUCGCCCUGAUCGUUUGCUUCAUUCUUGAAGUAUGUUUUCUAUCUGUCGGUCCUCAAAUGUCAGAAUUCUACUCAGUAUUGAUUCUCUCUGGAUUCUCCUCUUUAAUAUCUUUUUUAUCUGUUCCAAGUUUACACAAAGCUGUAAACGGAAUUGUGGGGGUUCCUGUAAGUGGAAUGAAUGACGACCAUGAGCCUUCCUCAAAUCAAGAAACUAAUCAAUCUCGAUCUGAUAUGGCAGUUAUCAGUACAACAUUCACUUCUGCCGUGAUAUCCAGGAACAAUUAUUUCAUCUCAACUCUUUUCACCUCUCUCUCUCGCUACGAACAUCCACCCGGUCAACUCAUAAUGAUGCUAUUCUCCGCGCUCCUCACCACUUCGACAAUCCUCUUUGACUAUCUCCUUCUACCCUACCUUGUUGUGUACAUGCGACGCUAUCUCUUCACUGCAAACAAUGGGACCUACUUUCCCUUUCCUGACUUUGUCUUUAUCUACGCCACACUCUUUGCAUCAGAACUGGUCCUUCGAACCUUGGUUCUCGAAUACACUGAUUUUGGCUUGCGAGCUCUUCGAUGGGCUCAUUCAACCCUUAUUGGAUCGUUGGCAGGUGUAGCAGGUGUAUCAUUUCUUAUGCCUACUAUCCUCUAUGUGUUAACUAACUCGACCUUCAGAUUGGAACACAGCGUUUACGGACUUGGAUUGUUUGUGGUAUGUGUGGUGCAGGGACUCCUGAAAGCAGCACAUGAUCUGAUUGGUGGAGUUCUCUUCACAAAGUACUGCGAUAUUGACUUGCGUCAGUUGAGGAGGGUCGCGGAGACGGGGGAACAGUUACUUGGAGUUAUGCGAUGUUUCUUUGCAGCCGUCUUCUUCAUUAUUGGGGGAGCGGUGCUGUAUCACCAGCGUUUCAUGGCGGCUCUUAUGAUGAUAGACGUGGUUUAUACCAUGGCACUUUCAGUGGCUGUUUGGGGAUUCGUCAAAGUCUACUCACACGAAAAAUCAGUUCAAGUUCGAAUUGAGUUCCCGAAUUGA